ACAAAAAUAUGAAGAUCGAGUUCUCAAAUCUCAAUAAAAAUUAAAAAACUCAAACAAUAGAAAAUGGAUUCUUCAGAAGCGGAGGAGUCUGAAAAUUUAAAUUUUAAGCAUGGUUUUUCUAAUUUUAAUAAUCAAACAUCAAUCACAAAUAGUAAAAAUAAUAUUAUACAUAAGUUAUUUAAUAGAGAGGUAUAUGGUAGUACAUCUAAAAAGUCGAAUGAAAGACAUCGUAAGGUAUUAGACAGGAUACCAGCGCGCCUGCGGUUCUGUCUGAUGGACAUUGUUCCUAUAGAAUGUUUAAGAAACCACAUAUUCAUGGGAUUUUCGCAAUGUGGACAGUUCCUUCUUAGUUUCACGUUUAGCAGUAGAACACGAGGAUUUGAAGAGAGUACCAAGUACACAUUACAUUUCCUCUCAUGGGUGCCUGGGAAGUUAGUGAAGCCAGUACAUAGUGUGCCUCUUUUUGGAGACGAAUGUGUGGACAGCAACAUCACAAUAUCUAUGGCUCAGUGGAGGCAUAAUACUAGUGUUUUAGUUGUCUAUGGCAUUGCGAAACAUGAUUUAUGUUCUGAUAGAUCCUACCUCAGUGUUAUUGGAGUACCUCAAUUAGGAUGUAGGAAAUGUUCAUCUAUGUCUAAAGAAGAUGACCUCAGCUGGGGUCAACGUUGCUUAGAACACAACUUUGCCAUUCACACAAAAUUCUUUUGCACAUCGGAUAGUAAUAUAUAUGAACCAGUAGUACACCUAGCAUAUUCAAAUCAAAUUGUGAUAUACACAGACUUUAUACAUGUUCUAGAAAUAGACUUUGUUAAGCCGGACCAUGAUAAAAUAGAUAACCUUGAAGAGAGAGUUGCUGUAGAUAGAGAAGAAAAUAGUUUGGUGGAUAGUAAUCCUGCUACACCACCUUCUGAUUUUUCUGCUCCGUUCCUCUCUCCGAAAUACCAGACCAACGUAGUGCAGAAUAUACUGGCAGAUUUUUCCGACUUAGAAAUGGAGCCAAAUCAAAUAUCACGGCCGGUUUAUCUACCUGAUAUGAUGGGCCAAGAACUUUGCAUACAAGCAUCUUCAAUAUCACACUAUCUAAUGGAGGAAUGGGAGGGACCCUCACCAUCUAUCAGGACCUUAAUAAGCCCCCCAUUACGGUCCCCAAGAAGGAACCCAGCCGAGAGUAUGUCCAGGUUUAACGAGUCUCAUAGAGUUAUAGCUGAUAAGGCAUAUGAAUUUGUAGAAGAUACAGAAAAGUGCGAGAAACUUAGUAUGUUUAGGAAACGACGGCUAGCAGAUAAGAAAUAUGAAUUUUCAGAGGAUAACAACGAGAAUAUCAUUCCGUUUAGAGUUUUAAGAAGUAAUAGAAAGUAUUUCACUGGUUCAACGAGUAAGAUUAGGAGGGCAAAGUCGCCAUCAGUGGAAAGUGUGGUGUUAAGGGCUCACAACCAAAUCAGUAGACCGCCAUCUCCAACGACAAGUACAGAUCUAAAGAAUCCCAAUAUAUUGAUGGAAUCUGACAGAAAUAGUGAAUCGGAGUAUAGAGUCACCGAGAUGUUGGACGAUGGUUCUCUGAAAACAGUGUCUGUGCAUGAUAAUACCUCAAAGACAUUAUCGGACUGCCCAGUUAGUGCUCAAGAUCCAUAUUUAGUGCAUUCAGGGAAUUCUAAGUGUAGUAAACUGUUUACGCGGUAUUUUGUUGAAAGUGACGAUGAGAUAACUUCAAUUUUAACGGAUUCUGAUGACGAUUGUAUAUCCGGGUACCACGUAGCGUUACCGCUGACGGGCCAUGGAGCCAGCUAUACCCCCCUACAGGCCAUCAGCUCUGGGGCAUGGGACAGAUUAAAAAGCAGUUCACCCCCUGCCUUACCACCACUCACCUUGAGGGCGCAACAAAGAUCGUUGGACACCGAGUUACUUUGCAACGAAGUAUGCGGUAGACUAUGUAAGAUCUCGGGCAAGAAGUUCAUAUACUGCUUCGAUUGGGGCUGUCAUGUGAUUGACGUGUGCCAAUCUAGUGGCUGUCUUUCUGGGCUUUGCGCCAUGUGGUUGUGGGCGAGUGACCCGCGCGAAAGGGGCGAAGAGGACGAGGGCUGGUGCGAGGCCUGUAAGGAUGCCGCAGGGGGUUGCGUCAUGCAUCGCAGGCAGUACACUGCUGAGUGCCUAUUCACAUACAACCUGGUGAGUGGCGAAUAUCUGACUGAGAAAGUGGCCAUGACAGAAGAUAACAGCCAGGAAGGUUGUCGAGUAUCGGGCGCGGUGCGCGCUCGUGAACUUGCAAAGGAACUUGGACCGAUAAAUUUCCCACCUCAUGAGAACCGGCUUCUUUCGACGCUUACUGGCAACAAAUCCCUCAGGAGAUUAACAGAUUUUGACAAUUGUGUGGAAAUAACGAAAAACCACGAUGACAGCUCGGAAUCGGAAUCCUCUUCAGACGAAAUCUCUCCCUCUGAUGACGAAGACUGAACUUAGUGUUUAGGAACAUUCAAAUUGUAUUGUAUUUUUUACCGAUUUUUAUGUUUUGACUAUGAGUUUGACAUUGACACAAAGGAGCCAAACAGUAAAUGAAAAACAAUAUACAUUAUGGGUAUAUAAUUUCAUUAAUUACUAGAAAUAGGAAAACGUAUGGUUUUUAUCCGGUAGAAGAGUCAUUGUUAUGAAUUUGUUCUUUUGUUUUAUUAAUGUCAUACUUUUUGCAUCAUAGAUCUCUUUAGUGUCUAGUUCUGUAUAAUAAAUAAAUACCAGAUGUGUUUAGAAAUAUAAAACGAUAAAUCAGAAAUGAUUACCGUUUUCUCAUCCAUUUUGUUUGUGGUAUACUCAGAAAUAAAUACUUCUUGAAAACGUUUAUUUUUGAAGUCUCUUAGUAAUUACGUGAAAUUUUUAAUUAAUUUUAAUUACAUUGGUAUGUAAUGUGAUGAAAAUUGGUGUAUGUAAUAAAUAAUUAUAUCACUAAUUUUAGAUAAAAGGAAAUAUGAAGGAUAUUGACAACAAACCCAACAUUGUCGUUGGAAAUGUUUACACACAUAUCUAUAAGUAUGAUAUCCUAAACACGAUAUCUUUAUCUUUAUUCAACGUUACCUUAAAGAAAGAGACGACAUAUCUAAAUUUAAACAACUUAUACCACAUUCUAAAUGUAAACAAAAUAUUUGUUUAAUCUGUCAAAUUGACAUAUUAAUAUUACACUUUCUUUCUGAGCAUUUUAUGGCACUUUUUGCCGCGCCAUGUUAAUCCUUUGAAGUAUUUCCGAACCAUUUGACAUAGGUUUUCUUUUUUUAAAAAGUGCUUAGCAACUCUUUCAGAUUGACAAUGCACUCGAGAGACUUCUGGCGUUGUUCAUGGGCGGUAUCACUUAACAUCACAUCAACUGAGCCUCCUGACCGUUUGCCCUCUGUUCUAUAAAUAAUACCACCAUAAACAAGCUUAAAUCAUUUAGUAUUCGGACCUUAGUUGGCUGUGACUUCUAACAAAUUGUAAAACAGGACUCGAAUGAUAUUUUUUUAAACUGGAUAACUUGCUCUCAAAAUAAGACUGAUAUAACAUAAAGCAAUAAAUACGUCAUAACAAUUCAUCCGUAUUCAACGUAGUAAUAAUGAGAAAAUCUUGAGGAUACUGUUUAUGAAAACAAUUUCACUAAACCUUAUCAAAAUUUCAAGAUAAUAUAACAAAUUUAAUAGACAUAUUUGAUUUAAUGACUAAAAAUAAUAUUUAAAAAAUUUUGUUGUAUGAUGUUCUACUUUUGAUUAAACAGCUCUCAUGCACUAUAUUGGAUUUAUAAGUAAAAUAAUAAUGCUCAGUGCGUUUAUUAUUUGAAAGGGUGAUAACCUUAGUUCGCAUAAUACAUUUAUCACAAAGUUAUAAAUUAGUGUUUUAAAAAUUAAUUAUAUACAGCAUAUAACAUCACAAAUAUUGCUAGAAAUGCAAAUUUAAUAACAGUUUAUAAAUAAGUACAAGAAAUAAUACGCUUGCUUAAUAGUAAUAUAAAAUCUCUGAAAAUGUUAUUGCCAUACAAUUUAAUUUAUAGCAAUGCUCUUAGUAUUAAAAUGGUAUUAUAAGAUUUUGACUUUCAGAUAUUUUGUCAAAUAAAACCCAAGUUAUACCGUAUAUUAGCAAUAUUUAGAGUGUAAAUGGACAACGAAAAUCUUACCUGAUAGUAAACUUCUCGUAUAUUUUUGUCCUUGCCCGCAUAAAUAUACUUUAAACACCAAGUUGCCAUAUAUAAGAAUUUGACCCUUAUCACUCUAGGGCCUAGGCCGUUAAAUAACAUCACUAAAAGGUUUUUCUAUUAUAGAUUUAAAGUAUGUUUAUAAAGUGGUAAAUAUGAAUUUUGUUUACAUUGAUGUCAGACAAUUAAAAUGUAUUAAACAAUUUGAUGUAAAAAUGUUUUGUAAAGAAACAAUAAAGGUUGUGUGUUUUGAUACUGGUUAUGUGUUUAAUGAUAGUAAGUUGUAAAUAGCCUUGAUCAUCUACAAUUUUGAGGUUCUUACUAGUCAUUUAAAAAAGAAAUAUUGAAAUUAACUCUUAAUGCCAAAGCAACUAGCAGUUCAAUGAUGUUUUUGUGUACUUUUUUCAAAUUAAUAUGAGGAAUAAGUGAGUUUGUGGCUGUGGCUAUGCAAAGCCUUUUAACAUACCUAUUGUAGACUCCUAAACUUAUGUCAUAAAAGUUUAUUAACAUACACCAUUUUGUAGUAAUGUGUCUGCUCCAGUGACACCUGGGUUCUCUAUUGAUAAUCCUAAUCAUAAUUACCGUGAACUGUAUUUAACUGGCAUAUUUUUAAUUUGCUAAUUCUAUAAGAAACAAGUCACAAUUUUGUAGAUGAUCUAAAUGUAUGGAAUUUAAUUAUUAAAAUCUACUCAGCAAUCCCUCAAUGGAUUAAGAUAUUGCAUUUAAUAUUAUUAUGUAGUCGCAAUAUAAAAUUGACUUGCCAUUGAUUGUAUAAAUAGUAAUUGUAAUAAAUAUUGAAAUUAU